AUGGGUUGUUGCUUUCCAAAAUUAGACCCUUCGAAAACAGACUCUAGAACAACUUCUCUAGAUUUACGUCCGAUAAAUCCUUUGACAGAUCGAAAUCGUAGAAGAAAUGGAAGUUUGAAUAGUGAUAACAAUCGAAGAAACAUUCCAUAUGGAAUUGAUAAAGUUUAUGUUGCUAUUUAUGACUAUGAUGCACGUACAGAUGAAGAUCUUACAUUUCGUGUAGGAGACCUACUAGCUAUUAUUGAUGAUAGUCAAAAUGACUGGUGGCUUGCUCGACAUUAUCAAACUGGUUUGAAAGGUUAUAUUCCAGCUCUCUAUGUUGCACCACACGGUGGCCUUGAUGUCAAUGAAUGGUUUCAUAAAGCAGUUCUACGUAAAGAAGCUGAACGUCUUUUAUUGAACCCAGCAAAUCCACGUGGAACAUUUCUUGUUCGAAAUUCAGAAAAUACUCCAGGUCCAUAUUCUUUAUCUGUUCGCGAUUUUGAUGAACAACGUGGUGCACAUGUGAAACAUUAUAAAAUUCGUUUUAACGAUCCAAGUAUUGGUUAUUAUAUCGCUGCACGUCGUACAUUUAUCUCUCUAGAAGAAUUAAUUGAUUAUUAUAUAAAAAAUGCUGAUGGUCUUUGUUGUCAGUUAAUACGUCCAUGUCCACGACCGAAACCGACAACAUUAACAAUAUCAAAAGAUGUUUGGGAAGUACCGAGAGACUCUCUUCAGUUUGUUAAAAAGCUUGGUCAAGGAAUGUUUGGUGAAGUAUGGGCUGGAAAAUGGAAUAAUAAAAUAGAUGUAGCAAUAAAAACAAUGAAAGCCGGUACAAUGUCGACACAAGCAUUUGUAGAUGAAGCUAAUAUUAUGAAAAAAUUACGGCAUGAUAAACUUGUACAGUUGUAUGCUGUUUGUACAGAACCAGUUGAUCAACCAAUUUAUAUUGUGACUGAACUUAUGUGUAAUGGGAGUUUAUUAGAUCAUCUUCGAGAUGGAACAGGGCGCGAACUUAAAUUACCAGCACUUGUCGAUAUGGCUGCACAGAUAGCCUUUGGAAUGGCUUAUCUAGAACAUGAACACUAUAUUCAUCGCGAUUUAGCUGCUCGAAAUGUUCUAGUUGGAGAGAAUGGUGUUGUUAAAAUUGCUGAUUUUGGUUUAGCUCGUAUUAUUAAUGAAGAUCAAUAUGUUGCUCGUGCUGGAGCAAAAUUUCCAAUAAAAUGGACAGCUCCAGAGGCAGCUAUUUUUGGUAAAUUUACUAUUAAAUCAGAUGUAUGGUCAUAUGGUAUCUUACUCUAUGAACUUGUUACUUAUGGUCAAGUACCUUAUCCAGGUAUGGCUAAUCGAGAAGUUCUUGACCAAAUUCAACGUGGUUAUCGUAUGCCUCGUCACGAAAAUUGUCCAGAAAAAAUUUAUGAUUAUAUGUUACGCUGUUGGGAUGCAUCACCUGAUAAUCGACCUACAUUUGAACAUUUGCAUUUGUUCUUCGAUGAUUACACCACAUCAGCUGGUCCACAAUAUCAUAGCCAAAAUUAA